AUGGCGACGACUACGUCCGAUGUCUUCCAUACUCGCGCCCCGACUAUCCUCGCCGUCACCACCGUCUUCAUCGUCCUCUCCUCCGUCUUCGUAGCCCUUCGCAUGAUAUCAAGAAUCGCCAUCGUGCAUAAAGUGGGUCUGGAUGACUAUCUGAUGCUCGGUGCAUGGCUCAUCUCAUUUGGCAUGUCGUUUGCCAUCUGCUAUGGCACUUCCGUAGGCUUGGGACGCCACGAGGAAGAUAUUCCACCUGCUUGGGACUCUGCCUUGAAAAAGUCCCAAUACGCCUUCUCAGUUCUCUAUAAUCCUGCCUUGAUGGCGACAAAGACUUCCAUUCUGGCCUUCUACUUGACUCUCUCACGAACACAUCAAUUCUUCCGUUGGUCCACCCUUACCACCUUGGCCAUCGUCAAUCUCGCCGGCGUCGCCCUCACCAUACUCAACAUCGUGCAAUGUCGUCCCGUCGAAGCUGCCUUUGACCAGUUCCCUGCCUCGACCGCCCACUGUACGGACAUUGUCACCCUCUACCUCUCCUCCGCCCCGGUCAACAUCAUCACCGAUCUCGCCAUUCUCAUCCUACCCAUGCCAAUCCUGACUGGCAUGCACCUUCCACGCAAGCAAAAGACCAUCCUGAUCAUCACCUUUAGCUUCGGCGUCUUCGUUACUGCUGUCGAUGUCGUUCGCAUAGCAUAUCUUCAGUCGGCCGUCUCCACCCGCCUGAGAAGCAUCGCUGCCCAACAGACUGCUACCGAGCACGGCGAUACUCGCAGCUUCGAGGCCAACGACUUUUCUUGGUAUGCUGGCUUUUCCUUCAUGUGGUCGGCCAUUGAGGUGCACGUCGGCAUGAUGUGCGCUUGUGUGCCAGCCUUGAAACCUCUGGUGGCACGCUUCCUGCCAAAAAUGUUGCGCGACGAUACCUGCAAUGACCGGACGGGCGUGCGAACCUCGACUGGCCACAUGGAUGGCUCACUGGAUGCCAGAAACAUGGAGGGACUCCCUACCGCCACGGCACCGCAGCGUCCUCAGUCUGCUGCAGCCGAUCCUCAACGCGUGAUGAGCCAGGAAAUAGAUAUGAUGGAUUUCCUGACCACACCAGACAUGAGAGAGCUACCUGAACGCAUCGCCAGAACCCAGACCGCAAUGACAAACACCACUCGACACACGCAACCAAGUAGCCAGAAAUUCUUCGAAUUCGUGAAUAUCCGCCAGGGCAAGAGCAUGGUCCACUUCACCCAUCGAGAAUCCAUCUUCCCGCUCACCAUGGUUACGUUGCUGUUCUUUGUAUGGGGCUUCGCUUACGGACUGCUGGAUGUUCUCAACUCCAGAUUCCAGGAAAUCGCACACAUGUCCUCUCUACAGACCGUUGGCAUACAUAGCGCCUACUUUGCUGGCUACUUUAUAGGGCCCAUCACUUUUGGUCGCCUCGUGCUCAAGAACUGGGGCUUCAAGGCUUGUUACAUCGUCGGCCUGAUCAUCUACGGUUGCGGAACCCUGAUAUUCUGGCCAUCCGCCGUCCUCACUUCGUUCCCCGCCUUUCUCGUCUCAAAUUUCAUCGUCGCAUUGGGCCUUUCCACCCUGGAGAUAGCCGCGAAUCCGUUCAUCGCUCUUGUCGGCCCAUCGCGAUAUGCAGAGACCAGGCUCAAUCUCUCUCAGGGCAUCCAGGCAGUCGGAACUGUAGUCUCGCCACUGCUUGCAAAGAAGGUGCUCUUCAAAGCAGAAGCAGAUUCACUCAUUGAUGUCCAAUGGACCUACCUUGGAAUAUCCCUAUUUACCUUCCUGCUGGCUCUAGCUUACUAUUACGUGCCCCUGCCCGAAGCCACCGACGACGAGCUCGACGAUGCGUCUGAACGAUACGAUGCCGCAAACACAAAGACCAUGUUCAAUGUCAAAACCAUUUGGCUUACCUUGGCCGUCGGCGUCUUCAGUCUAUUCUGCUACGUCGGUGGCCAGGAAGUCGUUGCCACCAGCUUUGGACCCCUCACCAGUGUGUUGAUGCCCCGAGACAGCGAAUCCGACACCACAAACGACCAAGCCAUUGCCCACACCGUCUUCGCCAUAUCACGCUUUGUCAGCGCAGCAGCGACAUGCCACUUCAAACCCCGACACGUUCUCUUAUUCUUCUAUGCCGGCGCUAUUGCGUUCAGCGCAGCAGCAAUGCAUGGCAUCGGCCUAACGCCAACGGUGCUUGUCAUGUCCAUCUACUUUUUCGAGGGCCCCAUAUUCUCCAUUGUCUUUGCCAUGUGCUUGCGUGGCAUGGGCCGACACACCAAGAUGGCGUCCAUCGUACUCACCGCGGCGGUAUCGGGCGGCGCCGUCUUUCCCCCGAUUGCAUACAGCGUGCAGAAAUCGCAUGGCACGCAGUACGCCUUGUGUGUUGCCGUUGCGGCCUUUACAGCAGGCACCCUGCUCGCCCUAUGGACCGAGCUUGUCCCCAAAGCGCGGCGCAUCGUCGAUCCACUCACGGACCCCAGCGCCGCGAACUCGGAUGAUGAUGAGGAGGAGGAGGAGGAGGAUAGUGCCGAGCGAUCGGGGUCAGAGAGCAAGCGGAGUAGUAUACUACGGGGCAUCAGGCGGAAGAUUAGGGAGCUCAAGGACGAGAUGCCGACGAGAGAGCACCGCGAGAGGAAAUCCUGGCCGUCUUCUCCGCAAAAGGACGAGACGUGA